AUGCAACCGAUGCGGUUGCAUUGUUUCCCUCGAGUGACUUUAAUCUGCAAUGGCGAAAUCUAUAAUUGUAAACGACUACGAGAUCAAUACAGCUUUGCUUAUGAAACAAACUGUGACGUCGAGGCCAUCAUUCAUAUGUAUAAAAAAUUCGGUAUUGCUGACACUGUUGCACAAUUAGAUGGUGUAUUUGCAUUUUGCUUAAUUGACGGUGAAGCGCGAAAAGUUUACGUUGCACGGGACCCGUAUGGUGUCCGUCCCCUAUUUAAAUUACAAGAUGAUAAGCAGGGAUUAAUGGCUAUUUGUUCAGAGGCUAAAGGUCUCAUCGGUUUAAAACAAAAGGCCAGUGAACAUUCUAGUCUUGGUCAAUUCCCCCCUGGCCACUUCGAAGUUUGGAGUUUAUUAGACGGGGGCAAAGUAAAAUUAGAUUAUGCUGAACGGUACUUCACGCCAGGCAUACCUCCUCAUUUUGUGCCUUAUGUGUCGACAGAGGAACUAGCGAAGUUAAACAGCAUAUAUGAGAAAACUGCAUAUUUGUUGGAAGCCUCAUGUAAAAAAAGGCUAAUGUCUGAUCGACGAAUCGGGUGUCUUCUUAGCGGUGGAUUAGAUUCUUCAUUAAUAACUGCUUUAGUUGUGAAACUGGCUAAAGAGCAUAAAUUGCGUUAUAAAAUACAAACCUUUGCGAUUGGUAUGGGUGAUUCCCCUGAUCUCGCUGCAGCUCGUACGGUAGCCGACUAUCUCGGUACUGAACACCAUGAAGUCAAAUUUGAUGAGAAUGAUGUAAGAAGCGCUCUAGACCAUGUAAUUUAUCAUUUAGAGUCAUUUGAUAUCACCACAAUACGUGCUAGCUUACCGAUGUACCUUUUGUCAAAGUAUAUUAAAGAAAACACGGAUACGACAGUAGUGUUUAGUGGCGAAGGAGCGGACGAAUUAGCACAAGGUUAUAUAUACUUUAGAGAUGCGCCAUCAGCAUCGACUGCUCAUGAAGAAAGUAUUCGAUUACUAUCCGAUAUUUAUCUUUAUGAUGGACUUCGUGCAGACAGAACAACCAGCGCUUUCAGUCUGGAACUUAGGGUACCGUUCUUGGAUAUUCAGUUCACCCACCAUUAUCUCAGCAUUGAACCGAAACUGCGACAACCAGAAAACGGUGUAGAAAAGCAUUUAUUACGCAGUAGCUUCGCUAAAAGCCAUCUGUUGCCAGAUUCUAUUUUGUGGCGACACAAAGAAGCUUUCAGUGAUGGAGUUGCAUCAGUGAAAAAAUCUUUGUUCACGACAAUAUCUGAAAUCAUAGCGGAAAGGUUGCCGGAAAAUAACCAACAAUACGACGGUCUCCAGCCGACCAGCACCGAAUCCAAGUAUUACCGCUAUGUAUUUGAAAAAUCUUUUCCAGGACAGCAUAACUUUACCCCUUAUUACUGGAUGCCAAAAUGGGUUCAAGUUUCAGAUCCUUCUGCGAGAUUUAUCAAACAUUAUGCAGCUACGUGA